AUGAAGUUCACUCCCACAUUCACGGCGCUCUUCAGCGUCCUCUUCCUGGCCAUCUGCCUCGAGCAAGCGCAGGCUGAUUCGGUCACAGCACCUCUGGCUCUCACAGAAGUGGGAGACCAGGGCAAACCAACGACGCCUCUUUCCUACCUGAACCUCGAGCCUGCCGCGCAGCAGAUCGCCUCUGCAGCCACGCCACACCGCAAGCGUCUGCUGCCAACCGAGUCGCAGCCCUUCGUCUCGAAACUCAGCAGCGAGGGUCUCUCGCUCCGAGCUCUCGACGGAAGCCUUCUCUCCGGCCUCCCUCUGGUUGGGCAAUUCGACCACGAGGGUGACUACACCAACGUUGCCGCACAAAAACGGCUCCUUGGACCGCUCUCAUCGCUCGCGCCGUCAGAGGACACGCAGUACCUCCAGCCGAAUCAGCAGCAGUUGGGCAGCGUGCAUCCACUCGACCGUCGUGCCACGCCCUCUGGCCUGAACGUGUUUGGUAACGAGAUUCCGGUUGAUGCUGUGCCGCUUGAUGCUCUGCCUUUGAACAAGCUUGGUAAGGGUGGUAUCGCCAGACGUGACGAGCCGGUUGAUCUGGGUCUCAAGACGGGUAAUCCGCAGGAUGUGGAUGCAGCUGAGUCGCUGCUCAGCGGUCUGCUUCCUGUCAGACGAGAGGUCAAGCCCGUCGAUCUGGGAUUGAAGACUGGCAAUCCGGUGGACGUCAAGUCGCUUCUGAGCGGGCUGCUCCCCAUCAAACGUGAUGUUCCUGUUCAACCCGUCGAUCUGGGGUUGAAGACGGGCAACGCGCAGGAUGCGGAUCGCGCGCAGAGCCUGCUUGGCAGCCUCCUCCCAGUGAAGCGCGACAGCAUCUCUCCUGACAACGUCGAUCUGGGCAGUCUUCAAUCGCUCGCCACCUCCGCCGCUGGUCAGGGCAAGGAGAGCGUGAUGCCCCUCGCGCUGGGCCAGGUGAAGCAGGCGGCGAGCCCCGCGGUGCAGGCGAUCAAGACGGUGAAUCAGGUGUGCACCGCCUUCGGUUGCGAGAGACUGGUCCGAGGCGCUGUACAGGGAGCGCUUCCGGCCUCACCACUUCCCGCUGGUGCCAUCGGAAAAAGAGGCGACCCCGCGGUCGACACGAUCCUCGACACCUCCGAUCAAGUCCGAGAUGCCGUACUCAACCUCAAGAGCACGACCGACAACGCAGCGGGCGAGUUUGUCAAGAGCUUGUACGGCAAGACCAAGAGGGAGACCCUCUUGCCGGGAUACAGCCUGCUGCCGGGAACAGGGCCGGGCGCGAAAAACGCGGUCAAGGAGAUCGUCGAUUUCGUUGGGCUCCCGCUGCCUGGCAAGAGGGGGAUGGAGAGGAGGCGCAAGGUGUAG